GUGAGAGACAUGUCAGUGUUGGGACAAGCGAGUAGGAAGAGAAGGUCGGAGAAAUAGAGAAUGCAUCGAACUGCCAUAAAAAAAAGGGGAGGGGGGCAAGCACAGCUCCGAAGCAGGGAAUAGGAUCAGACUGAGGCCCCACCGUUGGCCGUGGCGAGAGAGAGGAAGGUUCGGAAGAAGUGCCUCCGCGGCUCGGACUUCGCACGCCCGAGGCAUUGGCACACGCGCUGCCGCUCAGCGCAGACGCUCGCAUCGCACCGACGACGCGCUCCAGCGCCCGUGUUGCCGACGUGUGGGGGAAAAGCGCUGCUGCUGCUGCUUGUCUGCAAUGACGAAGUAAAAGAGUGUGCGGAGAGGCAAGGAGGGCGCUAAUCUCUUUGACCGGUCCCUGAGGCAACGAGGCUGCGCGUUCUGCCCAUCGAACACCGUUCGCUCCGCUUGUUUGAUCGGUGAAUUAGCGAGCCGCUCGCUACACACGGCUGCGUUUUGUCUCCGUUGCUCGGAACUCGCUGACGUGGACGGACUUCAACAUGGGUUAGACUGCCGUGUGAAGAUAGGAACUUCUCUUGAUCCCAAGAAUUCUCGAACUCACUGCCGCCGAUGUUCGAUAAACUGUUGAUUCCUCUUUCCGUGGUCGUCCUCAUUCUGCUGGGCGCCGUCGCUUCUGCCAAGUUCGAAUGACUCUAAACAAGUGGUUCCGUGUCAGUCAGCCCUUUUCCGAUUUGUGGAAAUGUGUGAAGCCACCUGCUGUGUUGCUACGUCGGCAUUAAUAACGUGAACACCAACAAAUUUUACUUGGAGGACAUGUCAACAUCAGCACAAGGAACUACAGAAGCCCUGCUGACCGCUGUGAUCUGUACCAUUCUCUCGGUGUCGGUAACAGCUGCGCUUGGCUCAGGAGGUGUGACUGCAAAUAACGUCGAGCCACCGGAGAAGGUAGUGAACCCCGGCGAAAGCCUCAGCAUCCCGUGCUUCCUGGAGACUCCCGGAGGCAGCGUGCAGUGGAUGCGCAAUGGACACCCCGUGGUUCUCGACCUGGGCUCCGGGGCCGCAGGCAGCCGUCGCCAGUGGAACAUCUCUCGCGACGGCACUGCGGCGCUCACCAUCACGCAGGUGACGCGAGCCGACGACGGCUUGUGGGAGUGCCGAGAAUUUGCCGACGACGACUCCGUCAGGAGAGUGACCAAAGUGCUGAAGCUCGUCGUGACGGGUGCUCCUGAAGAGCCUUUUCUGACGGUGAGUGGUGAGCGGUUGCAAGAUAGCUCCCGCGUCACCGUCCAAGAGCGUGAGGAGGUGGAAGUGGGUUGCGUGGCACGCCGUGCCGUGCCAGCCGUUCGAAACAUGCACUGGAUGCUGGGAGAGAUCAACAUGACCGGAGCCAGCCAGUUGUUCGUGGAGUUCUCUCCGCAGGAGGACUCGUACACGACGCGCAGCGUGCUCAGCCUGAACGCGUCGCGAGACAUGCACGGAGUCCAGCUUUCCUGCCACGUGUACCACGUGUCGUGGCCAAGCUCCACGGCUGUGACCGCCUCUCUAGAUGUUCUACACGUGCCGUCCUUCUCAAUAUCCCGGGAGCCGGGCUUCGGUUUCCCGAUCCUGGAGAAGAUGCCAGUGUCCCUGCAUUGCGCCGUGGACGCCAAUCCACCGUGCGCACCACGAUGGCUGAAGGACGACGGACCCCCUCCAGUGCCACAGAGUCCCGACGGAUACCUCAAUUUCUCGGCCAUCGAGCGCCAACAUGCCGGUUGGUACCGCUGCGCCGCCGUUCAUCACCUAGGAACGUUCGCCUCAUUCGGAUACUACCUCAACGUUAGAUACGGUCCAGAAAUAGUCGAGCAGCCACCGUCGCAAGUGUCGGCCGAUUUCGGUGAGCCCGUGCAGCUGGACUGCAAGGCUGACGGCAAGCCGCCACCAUCUUACUGCUGGACGCGUGUGCGCUCGGGUCGGCUAGAAAGCAUGACCUCCGAAAGCUCCCUUCUACUGGACCCAGUGCUGUACUCGGAUGCUGGAAGCUACCAGUGCACGGCAACAAACCACCUCGGAUGGAAGGAGGAACGAGCACGCACCAGGAACAUCCUGCUCACGAUAUCAGGUCGACCCGACGUCCGAGCGGUGAAUAAAACCCUGACGGCGAUUGUGGGCAAGCCUGUGAGGAUCACGGUGCUAGUUUGUGCCAACCCUCCACCGACACGAGCUUACUGGAUCGUGAGGCGCGUACUUCUGAGCCCCGGAGACGCGUCGCACGCCCAUUACAUCGCCAGGAACUACAGUAGUGCCGACACACCGUUUUGUAGAACCACGUCUCUCGAGAUUAGGUCAGUUCACCCCGACGAUGGCGGAGAGAUACUUUUUGUUGCGAGAAAUCCAAAGGGCAUCGAUGAUGCCUCCAUACUCCUCAACGUAACACAUCAAACGAGCUUGUCAUUUACAGAGGCGAGCUCCUUUGCAGAAAGGCGAGGACUUCACUGGCUACUACCAACAUGCAUGAGCUUAUCUCUAGUCCUUUCUGACACACUGAGAAGUGGUGGAAGCUGACACGCACAUUAAGGUCAUAGCAACUCUAAAACAAGAACAAGUUGAGCCACCAUAAAGGGGGACCACUUGAAAAACGGAGGCUGAUGAAAAUUGUAUUGUAAAG